AUGGCUCUGUUACCCAAUAAAUCUAUCUUGACUAUCCUACUUUGGACAUGGCCUGCAAAACACACUUUCCCUCUUAACCAAUGUCCUCCACUGGUUGAUUCAUCUGGGUGUUUCUUCACAGUGAACAGAAGCAUGUAUUUGAAGGCAAAUGCUGUUGUUGUUCACCACAGAGAUAUAAAUUCCAAGGACCAAUUACCUCAAACACCAAGACCUUUGAAUCAGUUCUGGAUUUGGUUUAAUAUGGAGCCCCCAGAACAUCUGCAAAAGCUCACCAUUAUGGACAAUAUCAUAAACCUGACCAUGUCCUACAGGUCUGAUUCAGACAUCUUUACCCCUUAUGGUUGGUUGGAAAGUAUUGAUAGAGCAGAAAACUACACAGUUCCCAGUAAAUCUAAACUUGUGGCAUGGAUAGUAAGCAACUGGAAACUCAAACAAAAGAGAGUGCAAUAUUAUAAUGAACUAAAGAAUCAUCUUCAAGUUGAUGUCUAUGGAAAGCAUAAUUUGCCAUUACCAAGAAAAGACCACUUUUUGAUCCUCAGAAAGUAUAAAUUCUACCUGGCUUUUGAGAAUUAUGUUCAUGAUGAUUAUAUCACAGAGAAACUCUGGAACAAUGCAUUUCAAGCAGGCACAGUACCAGUUGUAUUGGGUCCUUCACGUAAAAACUAUGAGCGUUAUAUACCUCCAGACUCAUUUAUUCAUGUGGAUGACUUUUCAUCUGCUCAAGAGCUGGCCUCCUAUCUCCUGAGUUUAGACAAGAAUGACCAAAGAUACAGACAAUAUUUUAAAUGGAGGUCUCAUUUCACACCUGUCAAAACAAGGAAAACCUGGAUAACAGAAUAUUGUAGAGUUUGUAAAGCACUGAAGGAGGCACCACCUUAUAGGACAAUUUCAAGUAUUGCUGAAUGGUUUAAAUAA